UGUUUGGUGCUUGUAGAUGCAGUCAUUGCCUCCUAACGUGGCAGGAGGGGUGGUGUAUCCCCCCGCUGGCCCUCCCAGCUAUCCUGGAACAUUCAGUCCUGCUGGCUCAGUGGAGGGAUCGCCCAUGCAUGGAGUCUACAUGAACCAGCCCGGACAGACAGCUGCCGGUGGUCCGUACCAGGCCAUGCCUGUGUCAGCUACAGAUCCCAACAUGGUGAACGCUUACAUGUAUCAGACUGCAGGCACCAGUGGGCAGCCAGCCGGCCCUGGACAAGCAACCACCCCUGCCUACACUAACUAUCAGCCCACACCGACACAGGGCUACCAGAACGUGGUCUCUCAAGCUCAGAGUUUGCCCCCGAUGUCCCAGGUUGCCCCCACCAACGGAAUUGCCUACAUGGGCUACCAGCCAUACAGCAUGCAGAAUAUGAUGACCGUUCUUCCAGGACAAGACCCCAACAUGCCUCCCCAACAGCCCUACAUGCCUGGGCAGCAGCCUAUGUACCAGCAGAUGGCUCCCCCUGGCGGUCCGCAGCAGCAAUCACAACAGCAGCCGGCGCAGGCUCCUCCGGGCAGUGCAGAGGCUCAGCUCAUUUCAUUUGACUGAUCAUAGCUCAUCAUAUGCCUUUACCCACCAGGUCCGGCACACUACAUUCAAGCCUCCCUUACCCUGCUGUUUCUGGGUUUAUCACCCUGCACCUGCUCUCGCUUCACUAUGCUCCACAGAUACUGGAGUGUACAAAUAUUAUAAAAGCAUUCGGCUGUCUGAGUCCCCCUCCUCUCUCUGUCUCUUUUCAAUGAAGUAGGAGAGGCUACAGAUGGAGCUGGUGGGGAACCUUUGUCUCUUAACUGGAGGAAUCUCACAAAACUCAAUGUCUAGAUCAUAUUUUAUGAUAUAUGAUCUCAUAAAAUAUGCGCUAAAAAAAGAAAUCUAUUUUAGACCAUUGCAUUUUUUGUAUUGUGACAUCAGGUAUGACAAUUAAAUGUUUCCUUUCUCCAUUCUCAUUAUUGCAAAGCAGAAAACUGGUAUUUCAUUUAAAGUGUAAAAUAGUUACAUAGUAAUGUUGUUCUGCCUUUAUCCUGAUUUAAAAAUGUCUAUAUUAGUAAUGAGAUUCACCAUUGACAAUUAUGAGAAUUACCAAAAAAA